AUGUAUAUCAAUAGAGGAUGUACUAGUCUUUUUAUUCACGUUGAUAACACUCUUUAUUGUUCUAUUCGCGAUGGUCAUCAAAUUGUUAAAAUAUCACUUGAUAGUAAAGAUAGUACAUGGUCGAAUGUUGCAGGUAUGGGUUGUGCUGGUUCAACAGAAGAUAUGCUUGAUCAACCUUUUGGAAUAUAUGUCAAUGAUAAUUAUGAUUUGUAUGUGGCCGAUACAGGAAAUGAUAGAAUUCAACUAUUUCAUCAUGGAGAAUCAAAAGGCAUAACAGUAGCAGGAAGAACAUUAGGAGAACGCUUUGCUCUUGAUAAGCCAAGUAGUAUUAUGCUUGAUGCUGAUAACAAUUUAUUUAUCGUUGAUAGUGGUAAUCAACGUAUCGUUCGAGUAGGAGCGAAUGGGUUUCGAUGUUUAAUUGGUUGUUCAAAGACAUCAUGCCGGGAACCUAAUCAGUUAUGUCAUCCUUUAACUGCAGCAUUUGAUAGCUAUGGAAACAUAUUUAUUACAAAUCAAUACAUGAAUGGUAUUCAGAAGUUUGUUUUAUCAAAAGACUCUUGUACUUCAUUUGUCAAUAAACCAAAACUUAGUGAAUGUGCAUCGUGGUACUCGAGUGGAAUCAUAGUUGCCAACAGCUCUACUACAGAUUUAAGUCCUUUUACUUCAUUCAUUAGUAUUAAUAAUACUCUCUAUGUAGCUGAUCAAACAACGAAAACUAUUCAUAUAUGGCUGGAAAAAAGUGAAAAUCCAACAAAAACAAUUUGUAGUAGUUAUAACUUUUCAACUGGCUUCUUCGUUACACUUACUGGCGACAUAUAUAUCGACAAUGGAAAUAGUAGUCAUAUCAGUAAAUGGUCCUUAGAUAAAACAUCCACUAACACUACACUGUAUAUCAAUAGAGGAUGUAUUAGUCUUUUUAUUCAUGUUGACAACACUCUUUAUUGUUCUAUUCGCGAUGGUCAUCAAGUUGUUAAAAUAUCACUUGAUAGUAAUGAUAGUACAUGGUCGAAUGUUGCAGGUAUGGGUUGUGCUGGUUCAACAGAAGAUAUGCUUGAUCAACCUUUUGGAAUAUAUGUCAACGAUAAUUAUAAUUUGUAUGUGGCCGAUACAGGAAAUGAUAGAAUUCAACUAUUUCAUCAUGGCGAAUCGAAAGGCAUAACAGUAGCAGGAAGAACAUUAGGAGAACGCUUUGCUCUUGAUAAGCCAACUAGUAUUAUGCUUGAUGCUGAUAACAAUUUAUUUAUCGUCGAUAGUGG